UAAAGCAUAAAAGUUAUUUUCAAGAUCCAAACACGUCCUUAAAUUCCUCACAAAACCCGGGUAAGACACAGUACGACAGUCAAACCAACGAACUUUCAAAAUUGCGAUCAUUGUGAAUGCAACAAAAUGUUAGCCUUCAAAAAGCACCCAUACAACAAAGCAGACAUCGCUGCUUCUCUGCUCAAAACUUGCUCGUCCCUCUCUCAGCUCAAGCAAAUCCACGCCCACAUCGUCCGCUUCAAUCUCCACGGAAACGCUUCCUUGGCUUCCACUCUUGUCUCUCUCUACGCCUCUCUCUCCUCCCCUCGCUACACCCGUCUCGUCUUCUCCUCUUUCUCUCACCCAAACCUUUCGCUCUUCAACCACGCCAUCAGAGCUUUCUCCAAGACUUCGUCGCUUCGUGUUGAAUCAAUAAAUCUGUACGCCCAAAUGGUUCGCUUUGGGAUUAGACCUGAUAAUUUCACGUACCCAUUUUUACUCAACUCGUGUGCUGCUCUAACCGAUCUUUGUCUUGGAAUUGAGGUCCACGGACGCGUUGUGAAAGCGGGUUUUGGUGCGUGUAGUCCGGUUUCGAAUGCUUUGAUUGAUAUGUAUGGUAAAUGUGGUGCGCUGGAAAGGGCACGUCGGGUGUUUGAUGAGAUGGGUGUGAGAGAUGAUGUUGUGUCUUAUAAUGCUCUUCUAGGAGCUCAUGCGAGAGGUGGGGACGAUAUGGUGAAUGCUCAGGAUUUGUUUGACAAGAUGCCCGUAAAGAAUAUGAUAUCUUGGAAUGCAAUGAUUGUGGGUUAUGUAAAUAGUGGAGAUCUGGGGUCAGCACGUGCUAUUUUUAAUAGGAUGCCUGAGAGAAAUGCUGUUUCUUGGACUACAAUGUUGGUGGGGUAUACUAAAAAUGGAUUAAUAGAUUUGGCUAAAGCUCUCUUUGAUGAAAUGCCGGAACGGAGUUUAGUUUGUUGGACAGCCAUGAUUUCUGGGUAUGCACAAAAUGGGAGACCAAGUGAAGCACUGGCACUCUUCCAGAUAAUGGAAAAAGCAAGUGUAAAACCAGAUGCUUUCACCAUGACUGCUGCAAUAUCUGCAUCGGCACAAUUAGGCCGACCGGAUAUAGCAAAUUGGAUUGCAUCUUAUGUGGAUCAAGAAAGCAUUGAGCAGAAUGAACCAGUACUUACUGCUCUGGUUGAUAUGCAUGCAAAGUGUGGCAACCUGGAACGGGCAUGCUGCAUAUUUGAGGAGAUCCCUCGGCGGGAUAUCUUCUCUUAUAGCGCGCUAAUCACAGGUCUUGCUUCUCAUGGUCAUGGGGUUGAAGCUCUUGAGAUCUUUCAGAGAAUGAUGGCAGAAAAUGUUGAGCCUGAUCAUAUCACCUUUGUUGGAGUAUUGACUGCCUGUAGCCAUGCGGGACUUGUUGAAGAUGGAAUGAGAUAUUGGGAAAGCAUGAUAAAAGAUUACAAAAUUGAGCCUGAUGCUAAUCUCUUUGCUUGCAUGGUUGAUAUGCUGGGCCGUGCCGGGAAACUUGAUGAGGCUCACAAAUUAGUUAAAAGCAUGCCUAUGGGACCACAGCCUGGAGCAUUGGGUGCUCUGCUUGCAGCAUGUAGAACUUAUGGAAAUGUUGAGAUUGCAGAAAUUGUUUCUGAGCAACUCUUCAAGUUAGAACCUGAAAAUACUGGGAAUUACAUGCUUCUUAUCAGUAUCUAUGCCUCAAGGGAACGGUGGGAUGAGGCCAAAUUGGUUCGGGAAGCAAUGGAGGAGAGACGUGUAAUUAAACUUCCUGGGUGCAGUUGGGUUGAGUCUGAUUGCAACAAAAAAUGAAAUCAAAUGAAGAACUUAAGGACUUACAGAAAAACUCUUCUGCUCCAUGUUAACCAGCAGGACUUGAAGGCAGUCAGUCAAUUCCUCACAGCAUGCUGCAAGUUACACAUAAUGCACGACCAGAAAGUCCUUGCCAUUGUGGGGAAGCAGGAAAGAUACCAUGGCGAACCAUUGCCACUGUUGUCAUGGAGAGAGAGGCUUACAUAUUGCCAAUAUGGAGGUACCAAUCAAAGAUCCAGCUUUCCCUGUUUGGUUCUCUGUGUUCGAUAUAGAUACAUGGCUCAAGUACAGGAAUUUAUGUAAGUGCUUACCUAUGCCUUCUAGGGAUGUUACUAGUUCAUUUUCUUAAGCAACCAGUUUCAUUAGUAACUCAAAUGUAUCAUCACAACCUGGAAAUGCAUUAGCCACUUUUAUGUAAUACCUCAAAAUAGCUAGUCACCAUUAAGGUUUCUCUUAAUCACUUAUAUAUAUACCCGAGAUUGACCUAGUAUUGCAUCUAACGAUGGACUCAACAUUUACGCCAGUGCAAUGCACUUCACAGUCUAAAUUCACAUAAUCCGAGAUUUUUUGAAUUAAUGUUUUGAGAAAGUUAAUGUUUUGGGUUUCUUAAAUUACAACUAUGGCUGUGUUAUUUUGACAUUUGGUUAUGCUCUGUUUUACCUGCUGGGAGGUUGUUUUUUGUAAAAGUAAUAGUUCUUAAAAUAAUUGUUAUAUUGUAUUAAG